AUGGAUCCUGAGUUGUACAAGGCCGCGACGCAUGGGAAAGUGGCGAUCCUGAAGCAGCUGCUGCAGGACAAAGGCAGACCCGGCAUCCUGAGCUCCACGACGCCCCAGCGCAACACCCCGCUCCACCUCGCCGCCCUGCACGGCCACACCGAAUUCGCCCGCGAGGUCCUCCAGAAGAACAACGGCCUGAUCGUCGCCCGGAACGUCGACGGCGACACCCCGCUGCACCUGGCGGCCAAGGAGGACAAGAUGAAGGUGGCGGAGCUGCUGGUGGGCCUCGCCAAGGCAUGGCAGAAGGACCCCAACUGCGCCGCGGAGGAGACGCCACCCAAGAGCCCCCUGGUCAUGACCAACCGCGCGGGCAACACCCCGCUGCAUGAGGCGAUGAGGCAGGGCAGGAGCGCCAUGGCGCUGCUGCUGCUGAGCGCCGACCCCGACAGCGCCCACGACCUCAACGGGCAGAAAGAGUCACCGCUGCAUAUGGCCGCGCGCGAGGGCCUCGAGGACGUCGUCCGCAAGAUUCUCGAGUCCCCAUGGGUGGAAGAGGAGUACAAGUCCUCCGUGUCCGUCGGAGACACGGCUCUGCACCAAGCCGUGCUCGGCCGGCACACGCGGAUCAUAGAGAUCCUGCUGGAGAAGCGACCUGCCCUGAUGGAGCUGACCGACGCCGACGGCAACAUCGCCCUGCACUACGCGGCGCAGAAGGACCGCCAGCGAGCGGUGGAGAUGCUGCUCAAGAACAGGGCCGAUCUGGCCUACAAGUGCAACAACCAGAAGCAGACCCCGCUGCAUGUCGCGGCGCGCUACGGUUCCGCCGCCGCCAUCAAGGCGCUGCUCCGGCAAUGCCCCGACGUCGCCGAGAUGACCGACGCCGCCGGCCACAACGCCUUCCACACCGCCGUUGCCAGCGGCAAGACGAACGCGCUCCGGUGGCUGCUCCGCCUCGUCCGCCCGGCGGAGUUGCUCAACCGCGUAGACAACAACGGCAACACGCCUCUGCACCUCGCCGCCGAGAAGGGCCACGUCCAUUGCGCGCUGCUGCUGGUCCAGGACAGACGCGUCGACCCCUGCAUCCGGAACCGCAGCGAUCACACCGCGCGCAGCCUCCUCGAGGUCAGAUCGGCCCAAGGCCGCACAACGCACAGCCAGGUCGAGAUCAGGUCGGACGACGGCGAGAUGGAGGCCUACGAGAUGUACCUAUGGAACGAGCUCAAGCGCCAGGAGUCCAAAAGGUGCCGCAUGCAGCAGCUGCCGCCCGUCACCGUCCCCAUCGGCCGCAGGGCCAGACACGAGUACUUCGAGCGCAGCGUCGAGACGUACAUCCUCGUGGCCAUUCUCAUCGCCACCGUCACCUUCGCCGCCACCUUCACCAUGCCCGGCGGCUACGACCAGAACAAGGGCAUCGCGCUUCACGGCCACAACACCGCCUUCAAGAUCUUCGUCAUCUCCAACACCGUCGCCAUGUGCAGCGCCAUCAUCGUCGUCUUCUGCUUCAUCUGGGCCUGGAAGAAUCCCAUCAAGUUCAUGGUCUACCAGCUCCUGUGGGGCCAUCGGCUCACCCUCAUCGCCUUUCUCGCCAUGCUCGUCUCGCUCAUGACCACCGUCUACAUCACCGUAGCGCCCACGUCACGGUGGCCUGCCUAUGUCGUCAUCGCCAUUGGCAUGAGCACUCCGGCCGCCGUCGUCCGCCUUGUGGGCAAGCAGGUGAUUUCCGUGCCGCCGUAACUCUCUGCCAGCUGCGCGUUCGAAUAAUUUGUAGAAACAUGUUAAAUGUUGUUCUUUUUGAAAGGUGUCGUAUAUACGAUCAAAUGCUCUUGGUAUGUAAACAAAACGUUCCACCAAACCAUCUCAAAAAUGAGAUUGGGGAAUACCGUGAGA